UUAAUCAUCAUUAGAAACUUCCCUGAACUCAAACAUCUGAACUCAGACGGUUUUGAAAUGUUGCAGAAAGACAUUUACUUAGUUUGUCUGCUUUUGUUGUUUAGUUUGAGCAGCAGUGGAUCAUUUAAAGACCCAAAUCCACAAAAUUCUGAUCGAGAUGCUUUUAGGGGAUCAGAUCAGUAUGAUUUUGCCAUUGUGCUGCCUGCUGCAGGCCUUCAGUGUUACUGGCACUACGCACAAUAUGGUGAAAGAUUCUACCUAAACUUUAUGGUCCAGUUGACCACUGGUGUGGCUCUUGACAGACAUCUCUCUGUGAUGGUCAAUGCUCCAAGCAGCUUAAUAGUCGGUAAAGCAGACGAUGCAAGCGGUCAGAUUGCCUUUAAUGCUGAAGAGACUGGUUUUUAUCAGAUGUGUUUUAGCAAUUUCCACAAUCGUUUUGGAAGUAUGCAGAUUUUCCUGAACUUCGGUGUGUACUCUGAGAAACAAAAAAACACUGAGAAACAAAAAGAAGAAGAAAUUAAAGAGAUUAACAGUACACUGUCCACAAUUGGGGAAAGCACCAACAGGGUGCAGAUGUUUGUCUUCCACAUGUGGCGUCACUACAACUAUGCGCGAAUGAGAAGAGGCGCUGACUUCUACCUGCUUCAGUCAAACUACAGUUAUGUGAACAGCUGGUCUGCUCUUCAGAGUCUGCUCAUCGUCACGGCCGGAUAUCUGCAGCUGUACUUUCUGAAGAGACUCUUCAAAACCAACCAAACACAGGCCGAAAAACCACGGUGUUAAACAUCAGCAAUACAUCUGGAAUUGUGUGACUUUCUCUGAAUAAUACACUGUCUGAGCUGUUUUGAAUUUUCAUUUAUUUUUUAUUGAUUUUAAAACUAGAGGUGCAAAUGUAACAACUUAGCAGCAUGGCAAGAGCGCAUUCAAUAGACUUAAAUAGUGCUAUUGUUAGUGUCCCAUCCACAUGUUUAUCCUCUAGUAUGCCACUGGUUCUAAAAACAAUUCAUUGUUUGAGCCAAUCAAAAUCAUUUCAGCAUCAAAACAUCCUUUAAAAAACAUACAGGGUCAAAAGCAAAAUGAUUCAGUUGGUUUAGUCAAGGAAUUUCGUGACAUGUCUUAACCCUUACACAAUAUAAACUAAAAUCAAAUGUGAUGGUAUGUUGAUAAAAUCAGAUCUCAUGGGUUCUUGCUUGCUUUCAUAACUGCAGAAUGCAUUUAAACAUCCAUUAAAACAUUACUGAUCACACUUAAAUAUCGCCUCAAGUUUUUAAUAAUGAUAAAAACUGACCUGUGCUGAAAUGUUCAUACCAGUUUAACAGGUCUACGUAUCUUACCUUUUGUUUUGAGUUUUG